GUCCGCCGUUUGGAGCACCAACAAGUACAUCAACACGAGGGAACAACAAGCCGAUCCCUCUACCUUGGUGAAGAAAAAUUUUCAACACACAGCAUGAGAUUUUAACUUCAGUGUUGCUGAAACCGCAAAGCAUCAAAUACUAGGAGCAAUAAGCAAUGUCCGCCAUAAUUUCCCCCUUGCUCGGCGACACGGACAACGACCACGUCGAAGAUCCGGGUCUUACCGAAAUCCUCUCACCACAGAAGCUGUUUGCAAAAAGCAGCGAUAGUAGCAGAGUUGCAGUGAAAGGAGGAGGAAACGAGGCGGCCGAUGCUUGUUCUUCGGCUGAUAAAGGAAAGAUGCAAGAUGUCGGCGAGCUGCACAAGAAGAACGACGACGCGACACAAGAUGACCAUCAAGACGCUCUUGCGAAAGAAGAAGUUGUAGAGGCUUACCAAACAUUGCGCCAGAAAAUUUUUGAUCGGGACUUUCACGGGUUUGGAGAAGUUUUUACGUCUCUCGCAACAUCCUCUGCAGCGAAGAAGAACGCAGUUUUGACUACCACCAACGCGUCAGGAAGCACGCUUUUGCACGAGGCGGGGUUCAAGGGAGAGGUAAGUGCAACUUCUGGUUAGACAGUUCUGAUUCUUGUUUUGAGCUGAUCAUCAUCAUGCAAAUAAAACUGACACACUUUCUGUUGCGUGAUAUGCUUGUUCCGAGAUCAUCAUGCAGCGCGUGCAGUGCAGAGCAAAAAAUCCGACUGUCACUACAGGUGGACAUCGUCAAUCUCUUGUUGGAUCACAGUGCCGACAUUUUUCUCGAAGACCACUGGGGCAGCACUGCCUUGCACCUAGCGGCCAGCUAUCCUGUGCAAAAGUAUCGUACUCGUAGUAAUUGCGUUUAUGCAUUACAAAUCUCAAUUCCAAGGUAAAUCAGCAUUACAAAUUUACGUUGUAAUCAUGCUGGGCUAAUUUCUUGUAAUGCAAUUUAUACUAGAAGAAGAAGUGCGAUGCUUUUGUAUUGCAUACCAGCCAAGACCACGCGGAAGUGGUGUUUACCAUGCUGGAGAAGACGUACGGGGAACAAGGUGAAGAUCCCGAUGCACCCGAUUACGACAAAAUGGGACCUGGCGUCGAAGACCAUUGUAUCGAGUACUUUGUCCUGCAGAAACGGCAAGACGGACAGACGCCUUUGGGUUUGGCGGAAGGAACGGAGACGGAGCCUAGGGAUGGUGUUUGAAGAAGACGUGUCGGUCGUUGGGUGUCGUGUCUUGUUCAACUGCUCGUGCAGUCGUACGGGUGUACUUAUGUAGUCUAUCUCGCUUGUCUUUUUGAUAAUCGCAGCGGCGGUAAAGUGUUGUGUCUGCUUUUUCCGUCUGUGUGAUUUUUGUGCAGGGCAGUUGCUUGUACACAACCCCGUACGUUGUAGUCUAUGCACGACAUCAUCACCCCCAGCGAGCACUUCACUUUCCUUUCCCAUACCCCGCAUCAUCCGAAGGGCAGUGGCGGACGUGCAACGGCGGAGGAAAGGGAACGCCGAAAUGAACGGAAAAAUCACGACGGCGAAUCAGCACCGAGGAAGAAUGAAAACCACACUCGUAUCAUCUGCGACGAGAACUUCUUCUGUUAAACAAACAGCUCUUUCCACCUGGAAGAUCUUCAACAAAUCCGCUCGGGUUCAUUACCCGGAAAGCCACAAACACAAGCAGCAGUCAUUUUUUUCGUUGGAGUUCCUCGACUCCCUCGUCGCGUACACAUUCGGAUUCGGGGAGGAAUUUACUCUCUUUUCUUCCGACGAGAGAGACGGCGAACAAUGCGCAGAUGGCGAAGAUGAGAAGACAAAUUCCUCAGAGCAGCUGCAGAUAGAUGAACAACAACACCACCGAGCAGGUCCUGCAGCAGAGGAAAUGAAGACCUUGUUGGAAGACCAGGGAAAUAAAACUGCUCGGAAACUAGAGAAGGAAAGUACCAAUCGCAGAGUCGCUUUGCAGAAGGAAGAAGAAUACAGUGACCACGACCAGCUAGCGACGAGUUUAACUACGGAGGAUCCAACCGGCAUCAAGGACCACAGGGAUGACGAUGAUGUCGCUGACACCCAUACCGAAGAAGAAGACCCAAACGACGUGGAAGUAAUCCAGUUCUCCGUGCACAAAAGAGAGUUUCUUCUCUUCCGAGUCAUCACGUUUUCCUGCACCGCGGUGUUUUUCUAUCAGAGUGCACAACUCACCCUACUCCUCAAUUGUAUAGCAUAGACAGCAAUACAAACACCAGCACACGAUGAGCCUACGCAUGACAAAUUUGCGCACCGAUUGUAGUACUGUUUGGGCUUCCCGAAUUUGUCAUGCAAACAGUGCCACAAGGCAGCGACUGGAAUGGGUAGUUCGCAUGACAAAUGAGGGGGAGGAGGAGUUGCGCAGUGUCAUAUUUUCUACUUGCUGUGGGAUUUUCUGCAGGGGUUAACGACGCAGCACAGUGGUCACAGGAGGUGAAAAAGGAAGACGCUGGCAGUUCGCGAGUGGUGCUGUGAUUUUCUGUCAUCUUCUUGGGGAAAAAUGGGGAACGAAAAAUAAACCGAAGAAAGGAAUACUAGAUGAAGUUAGCUCACCAACUUGUUUUAUGUGCUUUUUGAAUAAAGUUCUCCUCGACACCGGGGACACGGAAAAAGGAGCUUUGGCUGACCGACUGUAAAAGUAAAAGGCAGCAAGAACGGCAAUCGCAAUCAAGAGUCAGGAGUGCAAGUUAGUAGCGGGCAGGUUGAAGAACAGGCAUUUAUCUCCGAUACAAAGUGAAGAUGAACUGCUACACCAGUUUAAGAUGAAAAAAGUAAGAGUGCAGCACGCAACAU